AUGACUCUUCCUUAUCGUUUCUCUUCGGUUAGGCACCGCUCGCUUCUACUUAAGACUCCUCAUCUCUGCACACCCAGAUCAGCUCUCGGUUGUUUCUCUCCCAAGGAAUCUCCUUUCUUCAAGAAGAACAGUGCCCUAUUCUUUUCUCCCCAGAAACACACUUCUCUUCCCCUCAAACUCGUCUGCCCUUUUGCUAGCUUCUCCUCUUAUGCCGAUGCUGAGGGAGACGAGCAGCACCAUACCGAUCAACAGAUACAGAAACCCAACGAAUCAGAUGGAAAAGGUAAUGCAGAAGCUACUGGAGACUUCUCCGGGAUGGCUCAAGCCUUUCACAUUUCAUCCAACACAGCGAGGGGAAUCUCCAUAGCCAUCGCCUUCUGUGCUCUCUGCUUCCCACUCUUCAUGAAGUCUCUAGGACAAGGACUGGCUCUCAAGACGAAGCUCCUCUCUUACGCCACACUGCUCUUCGGUUUCUACAUGGCGUGGAACAUCGGAGCUAAUGAUGUCGCCAAUGCCAUGGGAACUUCCGUUGGAUCCGGAGCCCUGACCAUCCGUCAAGCUGUGAUGACCGCUGCGGUUCUUGAAUUCUCAGGUGCUCUUCUGAUGGGAACUCACGUGACGAGCACGAUGCAGAAAGGGAUUCUCAUGGCUAAUGUCUUCCAAGGGAAAGAUAUGUUGCUCUUCGCUGGUCUCCUCUCUUCCUUGGCUGCUGCUGGAACUUGGUUACAGGUGGCUUCUUACUAUGGAUGGCCAGUAUCUACAACUCACUGUAUCGUCGGAUCAAUGGUUGGGUUUGGGCUUGUUUAUGGCGGAGCUGGUGCCGUUUUCUGGAGUUCUCUAGCUAAAGUGGCUUCCUCUUGGGUUAUCUCUCCUCUAUUGGGAGCUCUAGUCUCCUUUCUUGUCUACAAAUGCAUCAGGAGAUUUGUUUACAGUGCACCAAACCCGGGAAAAGCGGCGGCUGCGGCGGCUCCAGUCGCGGUGUUCAUAGGCGUGGCGAGCAUUUCCUCAGCCGCAUUUCCUCUGAGCAAGAUCUUUCCAAUAGCUUUGUCACAAGCCUUAGCCUGUGGAGCAGCAGGAGCCAUUAUCUUCGACAGGAUCAUUCGGAAUAAGCUCGGUCACCUCCUCGCUAAAACCAAAUCGGAAUCAUCGCAAAACGAGGCAAAAAGCAUCGGCUUCCUCUCCGAUAUCGCAGGACCUACAGGUACUCAGCUCGAGAUAGUCUACGGAGUCUUUGGCUAUAUGCAAGUCCUCUCCGCUUGCUUCAUGUCCUUCGCUCACGGAGGCAACGACGUCUCAAACGCAAUCGGACCUUUAGCCGCCGCAUUGAGCAUCCUCCAGAAGGGAGCAGGUGUAGGAGGCGGCGAGAUCGUGAUUCCGCUGGACGUUCUCGCCUGGGGAGGAUUCGGGAUCGUUGCGGGUCUCACCAUGUGGGGAUACAGAGUGAUCGCGACGAUUGGGAAGAAGAUCACCGAGCUUACGCCGACGCGAGGUUUCGCGGCGGAAUUCGCCGCCGCGUCGGUGGUUCUGUUUGCUUCGAAAUUGGGGCUUCCGAUUUCGGCGACUCACACGCUCGUUGGAGCAGUGAUGGGAGUUGGAUUCGCGAGAGGGCUUAAUAGCGUGAGAGCAGAGACGGUGAGAGAGAUCGUCGCUUCGUGGCUCGUCACGAUUCCCGUCGGUGCUACACUCGCCGUCCUCUACACUUGGAUUUUCACCAAGAUCUUAUCUUUCGUGUUGUGA